AUGGCCGACGCACAGCUCAGCAGGUGGUGCGUCCUCUGUGUUUCUUUAGCCUCUGCAUCAGGGAGAGUGGCUGCAGCUGCAUCAGAACCAACCUGCUCAAACCUCAGACUUUCAUCAGGUCUGGAUCCUCACACUGAGAAUCUGCUGAGAUGGGGUCAACACUGCAGCUGUGAUGGGUCUCUCGUGGUCCUGACCCGGACUCUAGCCCUUCAGUGCGGCUUCAGCUCCAACAUGGACGUCUCUGGAACUCUGCACAUCUACGCUUCACUGCUCAACUGUUUCUCUAUCAACAAGAGGGAUCAGGAGUUCACUCUGGAGCUGCAGCUGAGUCGCUCCUCAAACCAGGUCUACUCGGUCUCAGAGAGCUGCUCGUACCAGGACUGGGCCUCGAGGGAGAUCAUCUGCCAUCCGGACUUCAUGGAGGUGUCUGUGAAGAGGACUCUCCUUGGUCCUGCAGUUCCCCAGACGACCUACGGGGGCGCCGCCUCAGAUCCCAGACGAGCAGCAGAGCAGUUCCAGGACCCCCACUCCCUCUCUGUGCUCUUCCACACUCCGGAGCAGGACCAGCGCCCCCUGCAGGUCCCCGCAGUCCUGAGCAGAGGUUAUGGUCUCGGCCUCAGUCACAGCCGGCUGGUCCUCCGCAGUCCCCUGUACACGCCGGAGACCUACACUGAGCAGGUCUCUGGUGUGCCCAUGACUGUGGUGAAGGUCUCUGCUCUGUUUGGGACCAAUUGGCUGACGUCCAAGAUCGACGCCGCCGCUGCCUGCCCCGCCCCUGCAGCCGGCGUUCUCUUCAACCAGACCUCGAUCCGCUGGGUCCUCCCCUCUCGCCUCUCCCCUCUCCUUUCCUCUGGUAGAGUCUCUCUCCUGGACGUGGGUCUGGGUGUAGAGGGCAGGAGGCUGGAGGCCCAGGAGUUGAAGGAGCACAGGUACCGUCUCACUGUGAGCGAGCCACACAUCCUGGUGGACAUCCCCAUCGGAGCCAAGGGAGGCCACUACAAGAGCGUGGUGCGGAGCGGUCAGUACCUGAUGACCUACAGUGUGGAGCCGGUGCUGGAGCUGCUCUGGACUGAGGAUGGUUCUAGAGACGACACCAGGUACAAGGUCCUGUUCCCCAUCCAGACCCCGCUGCUGGACCAGCCGCCACGCCUCUCUUAUGACACGGACCCCUCUGAGGGCCUGUUCCGGGUGACAAUAGGGCCCUUUGCUCCUGAUGUGGUCCUCUUCAACAUCUCCUUCCCCUCGGAGACUCUGACCCAAGAGCAGUUCGUCUACAGAGGCUUCAGGAUCCAGGAACACGGCCUGGAUCCAGGAAGUCUGAAGACCAUCACCGUCCAUCUGCCCCUCGGAGACUCGGCAGUGUUCAGCACGACACACUCUGGCCUCACCUUGUUCUCUGCCCACGUCACGUUCGGGUUCCUGGUUCUUCCGGAGCUCCAGGCUUUCGCUCUGUCCUCGACUCUGGAGGCUCAGCUGCUGGAUUCAGGACCAGACCAUGGACCCAUGCCGGGACCGGAACAUGGACCCAUGCCAGGACAAAUUCCGGGACACGGACCCAUGCCAGGACAAAUUCCGGGACACGGACCCAUGCCAGGACAAAUGCCGGGACACGGACCCAUGCCAGGACAAAUGCCGGGACAGGGACCCAUGCCAGGACAAAUGCCGGGACAGGGACCCAUGCCAGGACAAAUGCCGGGACAGGGACCCAUGCCAGGACAAAUGCCGGGACAGGGACCCAUGCCAGGACAAAUGCCGGGACACGGACCCAUGCCAGGACAAAUGCCGGGACACGGACCCAUGCCAGGACAAAUGCCGGGACACGGACCCAUGCCAGGACAAAUGCCGGGACACGGACCCAUGCCAGGACAAAUUCCAGGACAAAUGCCAGUCCCUGUCCCUCCAGCCCCCCUGGUCACUGGUGAGUGUGAGGACCAGAGCUUCAGUAUCCUGGUGGGGGCGUCCUCGGUGCAGUUCCAGAUGUUGGUGGGGAAGCGUUCUCUGACCCAGAGUCUGGCGCAGCUCUACGGCUUCACCGAGAACGGGACGCACUUCACCUUCACUGUGCCCAUCCUGGCUCCGGACGUGGUCUACGAGUCUGUGGAAGCGUCAAUGGUCCGUGCUCGGCUGGACGUGACGCUGCUCGCUCUAGAAAACAAGAGACGCCUCAAAGAUUUCUCUCUGAGCUGCAGCUUCUUCUCCACCGUCACAGAGUGCUUCCCUAACGGCACCAUUGCGGCUCUGGCUCUGAAGCUGGCCUCGGUCCCGGACCUGGACCCGUCUCGACUCUCGCUGCUGGACCCCGAGUGUGGCCCCCGCUACAGCACAGAGACCUACGCCUUCUUCAUCUUCAGCGCCAGCUCCUGCGGCACCACCAGAGAAUUCGUGGGCAGCACCAUGGUCUACAGGAACGAGAUCUCUCUCCCGGAUCAGGAAGUGCGGCAGAAGAUCGCAGAAGGGAGGGAGGAGCCAGAGUAUAAUCUGAGGGUGAAGUGCCUCUAUGACACCAACACCACGUCUGCACUCUCUCUCCACAUCGGUGAGCGGGCAAUCGAGCCUCACGCAGAGACUGCGGUGGGACAGCUGCACGUGCGCAUGAGGAUGUCCCGCGACCAGUCGUUCACAGACUUCUACACAGACCAGGACUUCCCUUUGUCCAAAAACCAGCAGGAGGCGCUGUGGUUGGAGGUGGAGCUGCAGCCGGUGCUCAGAGGGAGAGUUUCUCUGGAGCUGGAGAGGUGCUGGGUCACAGAGGACCAGGACGGGACCACGGCUCCCUCAUGGGACCUCAUCAUCAACGGGUGUGUGGUCCGUGAUGGUUGGUUCCCAGUGAGACUCGUCCCGGUGUGGGAAGACUCCAGAGUGCGCUUCUCUCCUCAGCUCAAGAGGUUCCAGCUUUACCUGUCCCAGGCCAGUCCCCAGCUGUUCGUCCACUGUGACGUGACGAUCUGUGACCCCAGGAACCCCAUGGACCCCGUGUGCUCCGGACACUGCUCUGCCCAGACCUCAGGUCCCAAAGUGUCUGCGCAGGAACACGUCUCCUCUGGCCCCAUCUUCAUCAACUGA